CGUGAUUUUCAUCAUUGUAUGCAUUUUCUACUACCGUUUACGAAAAGAGCAAAAAGAAACUAAGCGAUUUCGAAGAGGAGAACCCAUGAACAUCAAUCCCACAUUGUGCCUCAUUGAAGAAACAGAUCUUCUGCCAUAUGACGAGCACUGGGAAUUCCCAGCAGAGAGGCUACGCUUCGGGGAGGUGCUUGGCCAGGGGGCAUUCGGGAUUGUCAUCAAGGCCGUGGCUCGGGGCAUCAGGCCCCCCGAGCCUGAAACCACAGUUGUUGUGAAGAAAAGCAAGCCUAAUACUAACCUUGUGCAAUUCAAGGAGCUUAUGAUGGAAAUGAAGAUAAUGAGUCACCUCGGAAAACACCUGAACGUGGCAAAUUUCCUCGGAGCCUGUUCACGAAAUAUGGCUUCUGGUGAUCUGAUGUUCAUCGUGGAGUACUGUCGGCAUGGGGAUCUGGAACGAUAUCUGAGAAAAUAUCGAUCAUACUUUGAGAAUGGAAUUGGCCAUCGCACUGUCAAUAAAUCCAGGAUUAGGAGGAAAUGCCUUCACGCCGAGGCUCACCUGCCUCCAGCGCAUUUUGGAGCUGAACAAGUCAUACGAGGAAAUGAACGCCGAGCACUUCAAGACGCAUCCAGAUUACUUGCAACAGAUGGCAUCUGGAGGAUUCGAAGAGGGAUACCUUCAACCACAUGGAAUCCUAGAUUUUCAAAGGGAGUCAUCUGCAUCGUACCAAGACAAUGCCAUUCACGAGUACUGCGAAAUCAAUGAGAAUUUCAAAUCGAAAAUCUCUGACAACGUUCCAAAGGAUGAAAUACGAGGAAGACAAUACCCAGGGAUACAAACAGAUGAGCUUUGAGGCGAUACCCAAGAAUUGUACUGGAAAGAGAGGGAAAAAAACGAAGCCAUCAUAUUGGAUAAAAAUUAAUAAUCGCAUAUGAACUGUUGUCGUUUGUCUAAAAAGUGACACUGCAUUUGAGGUGAAAAUGGGAAGCA